GCAUCCCCACCUUGUUCUCCACUGGCACGCGCAUCUCCCCGCAGAAUCUGCCGGACUCUGAAACCCCACGCAGACACAGCUCCGCUCCGCCCUCACGCACCUCACCCCGGCCACCUCCUCCCACCCACCGCCGCCGGCGGAGCCAUGGAGGUCGGCGGCGAGGAGUUCGCGGUCGGCGUGGUGAUCUCGGCGAAGACCACCCUCGGGGAGGAGUUCGAGGGCCAGAUCGUCUCCUUCGACCGCCCGAGCAACCUCCUCGUCAUCCAGGAGGGCGUGGGCAGGGCGGAGAGGGGCGAGCGGCGGAACGUGAGGGUGCUCAAGGCCAACUACAUCCAGGAGUUCUCCGUCGUCGGCAAGUACGACGACCCGCUGGACCCGGCUGGCUGUGUGCUCGACCUCGCCGCCAUCCACGCCAGGGAGGAGGCCGCCCUCAGGCAAGCUGAGAUUGAAGCUGAGAGAAUUGGUGUUGGUGUCACCCCAGAAGCUCAAAGAUUAUUUGAUGCAUUGUCGAAGACGCUUCCAGUUCAUUGGGACAAGACUGACAUUGUUGUAAUGAAGGAGGUUCGCGUAUGCAGUCCGUACCUGCCUGAAAAUGUCAGCGGCGGAACAUCAGCUGCUAAUGAACGGGUUAAGAAAGUGCUGGACUUUGAGAGGAAAAGACAACAUGUGCGUGUACCUGGCCAAUUCUAACUUAUUCGACUUGACAAAUUUUCACCUCAACUCCUGCUGUGAUAUGUUUCUAAAUCCGACCUUAUUUGUCCAGUUUCAUCAGUUGAAUUUUCUAAGAAUCUGUUUCAGCAUGCUGUUCUCACAAACUACCACACUAGCAAGCUUAUUGAUAUUCUGCUAUUAGAUGCCGUAUGUGGUGGUGAAUAAUUGCAGCACACUGCUGAUAAUUCUGUGGCUGAUAGUGAAAGGUUGUGUGGCUGAAGCAAACUAAGGAAAGAAAAUAGAUUGGUGGCACUGAAAGAAUAGGAAGUUGUAUAACAACUAAGAAAAGAGGCGGAGCAAAGGCAAAACUGAAAAUUAGUCUCUCAGACUUUGUAUUACUCUUCCUGGUGGAAUAAUAUUUCCAGCUUGUGCUGUUGUAUUCUUUUGCUUCCCUUGCAAUCCAUGGUACUGGACAUGUAAGGCGAAAUCGUGUAGCUUUAUUGGUGAGAUGAUAUCACGGCAUGGUUCCGUUCA